GCGCGGCCGCCAUUUCGGGCGCGGCCAUGUCGGGCGCGGCGCUGGACGGGGCGCUGGGAAAAGCGGCGGCGGCGCGGCCGCGGCGGAAGCUCCUCAGCGCCGAGGAGGCGGAGCUGUUCGAACUGGCGCAGGCGGCGGGAAGCGGGCUGGACCCGGAGGUGUUCAAGGUGCUGCUGGACCUGCUGCGUAUGAACGUGGCGCCGCUCGCCGUCUUCCAGAUGCUCAAGUCGAUGUGCGCCGGGCAGCGCCUGCCGGCGGGCGCGGAAGGCGGUGCCGCUGCUGCGGCGGCGCCGGCGCCGCUGCCCGCCGACACCCGAGAGGCCCCUGCCGACAGUAAAAUCCCUGCGCCGCUCGCCUUCACCUCCGCCCUGCGGCCUCCGCGCCUCGGCGGCGCGAAGCUGGUGGUCUGCAGCCCCGCCGACGGCCGCCCGCCUCUCUCGCAAGGGAGAAAUAAAACCAGUUCUGUGGUCAGCGGGACCCAGGUCCUAGCAGAAAGGAACAGCCGGGAAGGAUCUGCCCAGAGGAUGCCUCGACAACCAAGUGCUAGCCGGCUGCAGAAAAUAGGAGCUUCUGGAAAGAGCACCGGAGGCAACAGUACCUAAAUAAGACACUGGCUCUGAUGUAUUUUGGUGCUUGAAAAUGUAUAUAAUCUGUCCUGUAAAACUGCAUGUUUUGUAUGUAUUUGUCUUACAAAUAAUAUUUAUAAUAUCUGGAACUGAGCUGUUUCUUAUUUCCAAAACUUCUUUUGGCAACUCAGAUUACUAGAAGUUGCCUGAAGAUACCUGGGACAAAGAAGGAUAUGUGAAGACUAGAAGGACUUGCAGUAGUGCUCAAUUUUCUCUGGAGAGAUCAAGACUCAUCUUGCACAGUGAUACUCCAUGCUGCUUCCUUCCCUGAAAUCCAUUUUGAUUUGCAACAGCUGGAACACAGUAGCUGAAUUAUGGGAGAUGGAUAGUGUUGAUACAGGUCACAUUGGUAAAAGAAGAGCCUUACAAUGAUGGUAAUUUGUGGUGGAAACUUGAAUGUCUGAGAGAGGAUGUCUUUGUACUUCGAGAUUGACCAUGCAUAUGAAGGAGACGGGUCAGAGUGUUAACACCAUAAUCUGAAAAAGUUUGACCUGAUUGUGUAAAUCUAGUUCUUUUGUAGCUGUUUCUAAUAAGUAAUUUUUUCACUUAUGAAGGGUCACAGAGCCUUUUGCCUAAUGAGCCAGGUUAAAUGAAAAAUUAGAUAAGGGAGAGAAUAGCUUCAUCACUUUGUGUAAGAUACAAACAAGUAGCUGAAAUAGAUAAAUGGAUUUGUUGGAGCUGUAGUAUCAUUCAUCAUGCUGCAGUGUCUCUAAGCAGUGGGCUUAUUACUCUGUCCUGUCUAGCUCAGGAGCUCUUAGUAAAAUCCAUUUCUCUGAAUUAGGAGGAAGUGCCUGCUCCUGUUAGCUGCCUCUGUUUUUUGAGGGAGAUUAAUAGCAUUUUGUAGCCCCUUGGAGAUUUCACAAGCUGGUGAAACAGGUGCUAAAAUCUCUUCCUAAGCAAGGUGGAAAGUACUGGAGAGGAAAACUUGUGCAAGAUCUUAAUGAUGCUCAGAUACUCCUUCCUUAUUUGAUUCUUGUCUAACAGUAUUACAGGUUAACUUACUCUUAAUAUGUUAAGCCAUUUUGCGUUUUCACUGUAUAGGCCUGAAGACUGUCCUUAGUAGGAAGGUGACAUGCUCACAGCAUAUGGCAGUCACUGACCUAGUUGUGGGCUGACACUUUGGAUUACCUUCAGUCCAAUUGAGGGAUUUUGAUAGUGUUGAUGAAUGUAUGAAACUCCCACUAGAAGGACUAGCUGUAGAGGCUGGAAGACUGCAAACCUGUCUAUAGUGAUCAGAAUUUUUCAAGGGGGGAGUUAGAAAGUGGAAAUGGGGUGGCUCAUGGGUUGCAAUCGUACACCCUGAACCUCUGCUGUAGGAAAAGCAUUCAAAUGAGGGUUUGAGUUUAACAGCAUCAGUAAAGUCUAGGUAUCUCCUGCUCUAAUCUCUCUACAGGAAAAGGUACCAGCUUGUCUUUAAAAACAAACAAAAAAUCAACUAGGACAGCUAGGAGAGGGGAAUAUUUUAUUUAAGAGUUGUAUUCCUUGGUGAAAAGGAGGAGCUCAAGGUCUGCUGUUCUUAAAAGAAUCAUUAGUAGUACUCUUUGCCCCAGCACAGGAGUGAGCAGGCCUGAGAUGUAGCUGAAACAAUCUCUGUGAGGAAUAUUGAGCUCUACUGAGAAUAAACAAUGCCUAACAAA